GUGAUUUACUUUCUUUUCAACAUACAUCCUGCCCUGGUCACAGAGAGACCAUCUGAAACUAACAAGCGACAACUUCCCGUUGACUAAUUAUUUGGGAGAGUGGCUGAAAGAACUGUUCCCUUCCAGCUCAAUUUUAUAAUUGGUGGAAUCGUGUUUUCAGAACAUUAAUGCAACCUGAACCGCAGCAGUAAGUUGUUGACUCCAUCGAAACAUCAGCAGAAAUCAUGACGGCGGAGCAGCAUCAGCUGAAUUUGGACUACGGCGACUUUGACAUGCGAUUUGACGUGAAGAAGGAGGCUGCAGCUUUGGGACCGGACCGCUCUUUUAUCCAGCAGUGCGGUGUACACGUACCAGGCUCCGUGUCCAGCACACCCAUGAGCACCCCGUGCAGCUCCGUGCCUUCAUCGCCCAGCUUCAGCCCGAGCGGACAGAGAAGCGGUGCUGAAGAUCUCUACUGGACCCUGAGUACAGGGGCUUAUCCACAGCACGCAGAUCCCCACUGUCUUGAACUGACAUCCGAGGAUGUCCGGGAAGCCCUCAGUGCCAAUCUCAUGCACGCACACCCGUCUCAGCUCCACCAGGCAGAGAUGGAGGGAUACAGGAGCAUCGGUCAGUUCCACACACCAAACAUGCACCAGUAUCAGCAGCAGCAGCAGUACACCGACCUCGGCCACAAUCCCGACUUCGCGCACGGCAAAAGCGUGGAUCACUUAAUGCAGCAUCUCGACUGUUCAUCUCAAGGCGCACCGCACCUGAAGUCACACAACAUGCACCAGCAGACGCACCACAGGCGCAGCGAACGCGCGGAGAGCCGCUUCUCUGACCAGCAGCUGGUGUCCAUGUCUGUGCGGGAGCUCAACCGACACCUCCGCGGAAUGAGCAAGGACGAUAUUAUCCGCCUGAAGCAGAAACGCCGCACCUUGAAAAACCGCGGCUACGCUCAGUCGUGUCGGCACAAACGCGUUCAGCAGAAACACAUGCUGGAGAACGAGAAGACGAGCCUCGCCACGCAAGUGGAGCAGCUGAAACACGAGCUCAGUAGGCUGGUGCGCGAAAGGGACGCGUAUAAACUCAAAUGCGAGAGGCUAGUUGUCGGAAUGAACUGCCAGAGCAAUGGACCCUCUUGUGAAAAUCCAUCAUCGCCUGAAUUUUUGCGAUAGUUCAGCAUAUAUUUAAGAUUUCUAAAAUAUCUUCUAAAUAAUAAUAAAAAAGAUUGCGUGAGCUUGUUUGCUGGAAACACCUUCAACCCACCAGCAAACCAUCUUUAGACUGCUUUUAGGUGUUUUUGUGCCAGAGGAGAAAGUUUUAAUUUUUAGUUAUGUAGUAUUUUAUAUUUUCCCUCCACUUUAUCUCUGACAUGUCAAGCUGGUUUUGAUAAUGUAGGCCUAUCUUUUAUCUUCUAGUUUUCACAACAGCCAUCUCAGCUAUGCAAAUGAAAUUUGACCUUUUUGGCAAUAGAUGCAUUGCAUUGGUAUUUUUGUUUGUCUGUCUGUUUGAACAUUUUGUGUAUCUUUUGUUGAAUUUGUUUUAUUAAUCAGUUUUACCAUUUGCUCCUUUUGGAAGAGUAAACUGUUGUGAUUUGCAUUUCAUUCUUACUUCCAGAAUAAAUUUUUGAAG